ACCGAUUCUUUUUUGUCAUCAACUUCUACCUUUCCUGCAAGCUUCGACCGCCGAGCAAGCCGACACCAUGGCCGCUUUUGUCGCCGCCAUGCUUCAGAGUCCCCAGCUCAGUCCCCACGAAGCCCUCUCCGGCGUCUUUGGCUCCAUAUCUCUCGCCUCGUGGAUUUUCCUGCUGGUGCCCCAAUUGAUCGAGAACUACAAGCUGGGCUCUGCCGACGGCAUCUCCAUCACCUUUCUCGCCGUCUGGUUCAUCGGCGACAUCACCAACCUCAUUGGCGCCCUCUGGGCUGGUCUCGUGCCCACGGUCAUUGCGCUCGCAGUCUAUUUCUGCUUUGCCGAUCUCGUCCUCAUUUCCCAAUGCCUCUACUAUAACAUCCGCAAUGCGCGCCGCGUGCGCAAGGCUUCGGCCGUCUCCACGCUCUCGACCGAAAGUGCGGAGCAGCCGCUGCUGGGCAGACGUCCUAGCGACCUCGGACUGCCAGGCUCGAGGCGCCGAUCAAGUGCUGCGUCGAGGAGGCACCGCGACAGCAUUAGUCGUGAACUACUGGGCGGCAUUGCCGAGGAGGAGAGUACGCGCAGCGAGUGGGUCAAGAACGCCAUGAGCAUUGUGGGCAUCUGCAUUGCCGGCGCUGCCGGCUGGGCAAUCGCUUGGUCCAGCGGUGUUUGGAAGCCGCAACCCACGGGUCAGGAUGCUGGCAGCGGGGAGGUUGCCCUGGGCGCUCAAAUCUUGGGAUACGCCAGCGCGGUGUGCUAUCUCGGCGCUAGAAUCCCGCAGAUCUUCAAGAACUACCGCGAGAAGUCGUGCGAGGGGCUAUCGCUCUUGUUCUUUUUACUUUCGCUGCUGGGAAAUUUGACAUAUGGCAUGGGCAUUCUGUUCCACUCUGUUGAAAGGGAUUACUUCCUGACAAAUCUCCCGUGGCUGAUUGGCUCUUUGGGGACCAUGGCCGAAGAUGCAAUCAUCUUCUUUCAAUUCCGCAUCUACGGCGAUCUUUCGCAGCCUGACGCCGUCGUCGGCUGAUGCAAUCAAAAGUUUACUGGAUUUCAUAUCUAGACUUGGGUCGAGUUACGAUACCCAGCCCGUUGGGUCCAAAAAAGGAGGGUUUCCAUGCCAUUACUAGACGAAGAUUUCACGAAAGCAAUUUCAAUGCACGACAUGUACUACUAUUUUCAAAUCACGUUCGAAACG